GGAGUUCGUAACUCGUAACAAAGAAGGGAUUGUGAAAGGGUGUGGUAAUAAUGUAAAUACGUACAAUGAAGAGGGUCGAGAGAUGGUGGUCAUCACGACCAACCGACCCUUCUCGACUCCGGGGCAUUGCUAACGAGAAAGAGAUGUAUAAAUUGCAUUACUUUUGAAUUAUUCUCCAUUUUUAUUUCUUCAAUUCUCUUGCUUUGUGAAAAUGGAAGGGGAUGGAGGGAAAGUGAGGGCAUUGAUAGAGAAGGCCACUCAUUCUACGGCGGCGGAGGUGGAUCCGCGCCUCCUCAAGGCAAUCAAAUCUGUCGUCAGAUAUUCUGAUUCUGAGGUUCGACUCGCUGCCCAAACCCUAAUGGAUCUCAUGAAACGCGACCACUCUCAGGUCAGAUAUCUCGCACUUCUCAUAAUUGACCAACUUUUCAUGCGAUCAAAGCUUUUUAGGACUCUUCUAGUUGAGAACUUGGAUCAGCUGUUGAGUUUAAGUGUUGGAUUCAGAAGGAAUCUACCGCUUCCUGCUCCACCUGCUGUUGCAUCUGUUAUGCGUUCAAAGGCGAUUGAAUUCUUAGAGAAGUGGAAUGCUUCAUUUGGGAUUCAUUACAGACAGAUUAGGCUAGGUUUUGACUACCUUAAAAACACUCUCCGAUUCCAAUUUCCUAAUAUCCAGGCAAAUGCAGCAAGGGUACAGCAGGAGAGAAAGGAAAGAGAGAUGAGGUCAAAAGAGAUUUUACACAAUAAGUUUGAGAAACUGAAGGCAAAUCUAUCUUCGAUAAAAGAAGAGAUACAGUCAACAAUAGAUGAGACUGAACGGUGUUUAGAAAUUGUUCAAACUGGAAAGGAAAUUAUGCCCCUUGGUCCUUUGGAUAGCGAAGAUUUUGAAGAGUUCCGUUCUUCAGAGUUACGGCAGAUUCGUGUUGAUUCAUUGAGAGAAGGGAAAAAGAUUCAUGAGAGCAGUGAGAACAAAGUGGUUUUUGAUGCAUUGAGAGAGCUCUACAAGGUCCUAAUAACCAAGCAUCUAGUUUCAGUCCAAGAGUGGAUCUCUGUUCUCAUAAGGGUUGAAGUAGAAGAUAGCAGAUUUAGAGAUUCCAUGCUAAAGGAAUUCAUUAGUAUCCAAAACCGUCUUCAGUCUGUAAAGAAGAAAUGUGUAGACUCAGGUUGUGCUCUUCCUGACAUUACAAAGCGUGAAAAAGAUGAGGAAGAAGAUUUUUGGGAGGAGGGUAAAAUUGAAACUGUACAAAAUCAGAGUUCUAGUGCACCUGAAAAGCUAAAUCAACAUUUUGAUGUGGCUUCAACUUCUGGAGAGGUGAAAAAUGAUCCUCCUGAAAGCAGUAAAGGGAAGGCAAAGCCACAGGACCGUCAACAUCAUAGAAGUGAUUCAAGCUCACUUAGAAGUAAGCUCUUAGCUGAAGCUCCAGUUAUAAAGUGGGGAACGUUCUUGGAUGAUUGGGGUUCAAAUAGGGAGUUUUUGGUCAAUCACCGGGGCUUGGAUCUUCAAAGUCACUGGGGUAGGGUGGAUAAUGAUGCAGUUAUUCCAGCGGAAAAGAUUGCAGAGCUAAACAUUCAUGCAACCAUUUACGAAGAAGAACAAGCAGAAAUACAACCAUGUCAUGCUCCAUUGCGCAGAGGAGGACUUUGUCAGAGAAGAGAUGUGAGAGUUUGCCCUUUUCAUGGACUCAUCAUACUGAGAGAUGAUGAGGGAAAUCCUAUCAAUCAUUGCACUUCAACAAGUGAUACAGCUCUUAAUUCUAAUUUAGUUGAGCAAUUAGCAAAACAAGCUAUUGAAAAUGUUCGAGAUAGGGAUAAUGAGGAAGCUAGGAAAAGAAAAUCUGACAAGCAGUCACAAAAGCGUGCCAAGCUUGCAAAGAUUCGGGAACAUAAUGAAGCAGUUCUAAGGGAUGCUGCAUUAGCUUCAACUUCAAAUUCUGCAUUUGAUGGGAACAAUGUUCAGACAACCAAUAGCGGGAAUUUUUUGGCCAGAAACAAAAAGGAAAGCCUUGCUUCAAUGCUACGUAAGAAAGAAACCACAAAAGAUAGGUUAGCUCAGAGACUUUUGAGUACUCGGGCAAGGGAUGCAACAGUAAGGCAGCUUACUCUGGGUGAGGAUGCAAAUUACAGAGAAGCAUUCCCAAACCAAUGGAAGACGUAAUGACCAAACAUUGCAAUUUGAAGCAGAAAUCAAGUGCUUCUUGACUUUCUAAUCCAUAAAUCACUCUGUAUCUACUUAUGUUCUACUUUGAAACAUCAAUCAAAAAAUCUUUAGUCAUCAACAGGCCUAAGGAGAAAACAUAUCUUUGGGGCUGGGGGAUUAACUGGCAUAGCAGAUCUGUUUUAAAUAUUUUUGGAAGUCUAAUGUAGCCGUUUCUCGACCCAUCUUACACCUUCUCAGAAACUUGAAUUCUAAUGAUCUUGAAUUCUUAUUGCAAAUUUAGCAGCAAUCCCUCAAGUACAGUCGUGCUGGCUGCAAACCAUACUGCCUUAGUGGAUUUAUCCUAAGCUAAAAUGUUGGCGUUGUGGUCCAAACUUGAGCUUGAUGCGAAUGCAGUAGCAUGCUCUUCAGCAUUUUUUGCCUCAAAUGUUAUCGAAAGAUGCCUCCCAUAGGAUAGACAUUCUGCUCAAGUGAAUAAAUUGUGAUUCUGAAGAAAUGACCAGUAAGGGAUUUACCAGGUCUUGGUGACUUGUUCAUUUGGUGGUUUAUUGCUGGGUAUUAUUGUAUUGACGUUUGUUAUUGGCAAUCAAAAUAUCUGGUUACGGAGCUUCUGAUCUACAAUGGAAAAAAAAAAAAAAAAAUGAAUGUAGACGCAUGAGAUGAACCAGUAGAGGAUAACUAUGCAUAUGUUGGUAGUGUCGUACUGGAAUGAUGCUGCUGUUAUUACAACUUUGAAGACUGUAUUCUCCUUUGAUUCAAACUGACUUGGGAAACGAGCAGAACUUGUUCUGGUUCAUGAGAAUAAACCUCUGGAGUCUAGUGGAUGUGAGAUUGACAAAUAUGGUGGUGGUGGUGGCUGUGUUGAUGUAGAUUAGGUCGACCCCACUACAUGUUUAAAUUUCUGACUGUUGCUUUUGAUAUUUUCUUUUGAUUUCAGUACAUAGAGAAACUUACAGGUUCUAAUGCGAUGGCACUGCUAAAAUGGAGAAAUGUCUACUUGAUUUCUUGUACACUAUUUCAUAAAGCUCCAAUCCAGCUCAAAAUGAAGUUCCUGGCUUAAUUAGUGACUA